AUGGGGCAUAAGAAACGUUCGAGGAGUCGUGAAAGAUCUAGUGAAGAAAGAUAUUCAAAAAGAUUGAAGAAGGUCGAAGAAAGAGUGGAUGAUAUCUUUGCGAGUAUUUCAUCGCUUCGAGAUUUAUUUUCAUCAAAGGGAACAAAUGAAGAGUUUAUAGAUCCUAUCCAAAGUCCUGGAGAUGAUUCUGGACUUGUUCCUCCGGGUGAUCCAGAUGCGAAGGUUGCAGACUCAUCUGAGGAAACAGACUCUGGUAGAGUGGAUAAUGAUUCUUCUAAUAAUACUGAUUCAACAUCUCAGGAAAAUCCUUCGAAGAAAGAAUCGGAGAAAAAUACGGAAGUUCCUGUUAUUGAACUUGAUCCACCUCCAAAUAUUACUGCUAAUUCUGCUCCUACAGCCAAAACUACGGAUUCUACUCAGGUAGAAGUUAAGGAGAAGAGUUCUGAGGAUAUUCCGUGGGCCCUCGAUGAUACUGUUCUUGAGAUUAUGGGUUCUGAGCCGGCUGCUGAUGAACCUCAGUUAGUUUUACACUCGAGUGUAACAAACCGUUGGAAAAAAUAUAUUACAGACGGUCUUAAAAAGGAGGAUAAAGAAUUGUUAUUAAAAAAAUACCCGAGAACUGGGAAGUUUUCACUAGAGCCUCCUAUUCUCAACGACGAAGUAUCGGGAAGUCUGAAGGAGUCCGCGGUAAAGAGAGAUACCUAUUUUUGCUGGACGCAGAAGCUUGCGGGUUCGGCAUUGUCAGCUCUUUCUCCAGUUAUUGAGUCUCUUGCGACGUCUAAGGCUCCUGAAGAUGUGAAAAGAUUGGAUAAUAUCUGGGCUGCAUCUAAAAUGCUCAUUGAAAUACAUCGUUCGCAGACAGUUGCGCACGAGCUACAAAAAUCAUCUUUCAAAGAAACCGCCAACUUUCAAGAACCAACCAAACCAACCAGCUUACCCGAAGUCGAGUCAAUAUCACCAGAUUCGUCAUCGGAAUCAAACACCUUAAAUUCCAAAGAUGAAAUCGCGUCAACAUCCUCUAGCAUCAAAGCUUACCCUGGUUGCCGCCAGGCUAUCAGCGAAGCGCUCAUAAAUAGAGGGACACCGAAAGAAGCAGUUGACAUCAUGAUAGCUCCACUGGAGGAAUCUACUAUCAAACAAUACAAUGGGAUGUUGAAAUUAUGGUGGCAUUGGAAUAUUCAAUGUGAUGAGAACCCUUUGAUAGUUUCAUCUGAGAAAACGCUAAAAUUUCUGACCGAGAGAUUUGACAACGGUAUCGGUCAUAGCUCUCUCAAUUCUGCCAAAGCAGCAUUAUCGCUGAUUUCUAACGAAAAUAUUGGCGGUAAUCAAUUAAUUAGCAGAUUUAUUAAGGGUUCAUCAAAAAUAAGGUCAAGUCUACCGAAAUAUGACGAGACCUGGGAUGUUGAUCCGGUUCUUGAUAAUUUGUCGUCGUGGUUUCCAUUAGAUUCUUUAUCUUUAAAAAAGCUAACUGAAAAAUUAGUCGUACUUUUGGCUUUGGGAACUGCCCACCGGGCACAAACUCUAUCUUUAAUUAAGAUUUCAAAUAUUAAUACGUUGGAAACUCGAAUAGAAAUUCGUAUAUCGGACAGGAUAAAAAUAUCAAAGAAGGGAAAAGUUCAACCGGUAAAUUCGCGUUUGCCUAAAGAAUCCGACCUGGACCCAUAA